AUGGCGAGCCGGCUCACGGACAGCACCAGCAAAACGGCAGCAGAAAAAAGGAGACUAAAAAAACCCAUCAAGGAUCAGGAGGGCUUUUCUGCGAAAAGCAGCGAGUUUUGUAACCAGAUGCUGCGACAAUGGGGCGUGAAGCCUGUUGAGGAGGUUCCAGGAACAGGAGAGUCUACACCGCCUGUCGAGGCGGCGGUAAUCUCGAGGAAACCGGCGGCGUCGUCAGCUUCCGUUACAUCUCCACCAGAUUCUGGUUGCACAUGUCAGGUGAAGCGGCUGUCAGGUGUGGUGGACGACUGCUGCUGCGAGUACGAGACGGUGGAUGAACUAAACUCGCAUGUGUUACAGCCGCUGCUGACCCAGCUCGUCAACACCACUUUCUUUAAGUACUUCAAGGUUCGUCUGUGGUGUGACUGUCCCUUCUGGCCAGACGACGGCAUGUGCCACUCCAGAGACUGUUCUGUAGGGGAGUGCAAGGACGACGAGGUUCCCGCUCCCCUCCGCUGCCCCUCCCCGCCCCCGCCCUCGCUGCUCCCUGCUGACGUGGACGAGCCGCGCGACGCUGACCUGGACCCGAGUGCGGAUGAGUCAGCGUCUGCUGAGUCAGCGGCGGGGUCGGUGGAUCGAACGGUGGAUAGGAGCGCGUUUCAGGCGUGGGUGGAGGCGGAUAACCCGUGGACGUCAGAUGAUGAGUCAGAUACGGCUUCCCAGGUGUACGUCAACCUAGCCCUGAACCCGGAAAGGUAUACUGGCUACGGGGGAGAUUCAGCGCGCCGCAUAUGGCAAGCUAUAUACCAGGAGAGCUGCUUCCAGGACGGCACGAAAGAUGAAUGCACAGAGCGGCGCGUGCUGUACCGGCUUAUAUCGGGACUACACCAGGCUAUAUCAGUGCACGUGGCCGCGUCGCAAAUAUGGGACUCGGCAGCUGGGAAGUGGGGUCCCAACAUCACCAUCUUCCACCACCGCGUCGCCAAGUUCCCUGAGCGUCUCGCCAAUCUCUACUUCACCUUCCUCUUCGUGCUGCGAGCUGCUACCAAGGCAGCGGAUUUCUUAUCACGCGCAUCGUACGACACAGGCAACCCCAUAGAAGACCAGCAGACAGCAGCGCUGGUGCAGCAGGUGGUGCGGAAUGAGAGGCUGCAGGCUGCCUGCCCGUUGCCGUUUGACGAGGCGAGGAUGUGGCGAGGGGAUGAGGGGCCACAGCUCAAGCAGACGCUGCAAGGGCACUUUAGGAAUAUCAGCCUGAUCAUGGACUGUGUGGGGUGUGAGCGCUGCCGCCUGUGGGGCAAGCUGGAGAUCCUCGGGCUCGCAACGGCCCUCAAGAUCCUCUUUUCUGUCGACGGCAAUGGGAAUGGCAAUGGUGGCAACGGUGGUAACGGUGUGGAGCAGUUGAGCCUGCAGCGCAAUGAGGUGGUGGCUCUGUUCAACACGCUCUGGCGCUUCUCCCAUGCGCUCAAGACCACUGCUGAGCUCGUCAGCCUGCUCGAGAUGAACCCUCCCCCAGAUGUACCUGAGAUCGGAACAUCGCCUGUAGCCGUCUCGCGCGUGGGUAUUCAAUCGAUCCUUCCGACCGGCACAGGUUUCGGACUAGCCGUUGCGAUGAGUUUUAUCUACGGGAACGGCUCGAAGCUGUUUAACGAUCCCAUUCACGACCACAUAACGGUCGACAAGACCAGCCUGAGCAUCAUCGACACGUGCGAGUUUCAGCGGCUGAGGCACAUCCGUCAGCUAGGCGUGUGCCACUACGUGUACCCAUCAGCCAAUCACACGCGACUAGAACACUCCAUAGGGACCUCGCAUCUGGCCAAUCAGGUGGUGGAAUCGCUGCGGCGGCAGCAGCCAGAGCUGGGGAUCAAUGAUGAUGACGUCAUGGCGGUUACUCUGGCCGGGCUGUGCCAUGACAUGGGGCAUGGGUGCUUCAGCCACAUGCUUGAUAACGCCAUCUUCUCCCACUUCUGCCCUAAAUCCGACUGGCAUCACGAGAAACGGUCAGUGGAGCUGGUGGAUCGAGUGGUUGACAAAUACAACAUCGACAUUGACCCUGAUACCGUUGCCACCAUCAAGAGCCUCAUUCUACCGGACAAGUCCAAAAGGCAAAGGGAUUACACUGGCAAGGAGUUUCUAUGGGACAUUGUGGCCAAUGCACGCACGGGAAUAGACGUGGACAAGUUUGACUACUUGGCUCGUGACAGCUACUUCUGCAACAUCAAAUCGUGCUUCGACCACAAGAGAAUGAUUCAUAUGAUGCGAGUCAUAGACGACGAGAUCUGCUUCAAGUACAGCGAGUUGGAGACCGUGAACGAGCUGUUCUGGCUGAGGGCCAAGAUGUAUCGCAACGUGUACACGCACAAGACAGUCAAGGCAGUGGAGGCCAUGAUCCUAGAGGCGCUCACGCACGCCAACCAUGUGUUCCGCUUCGACGAGAUUGUGGAAUCUAAAGAUCUUGACAGAUUCUGCCAGCUGGACGAUUCGAUUCUGCGGGAGAUUCUGAGAUCUCGGGACCCUAGCCUGGCGAAAUCGCAGGAGAUUCUGAGGCAGCUCGAACGGCGACAGCUGUAUCAGUACAUGAACGAGUUUGUGGUGCCUGUGGAUGCGCUGCACCACUUCAAGAAGCUCACAGUGGACGAGCUGCUGCGGCAUGGAACAGGAUCAUACCUGCGGGAGCAUGGCGAUCAAGUGAUUGUGGACAACAUUAAGAUCGACUAUGGACAGGACACCGACAAUCCCCUCGACAAGGUCCGCUUCUUCGAUACUCAGGAGCACCGGGACUUUAACGAUCCAGGAAAGAAGCUGUCCAAGUUCCCCAUCCCAUGCCAUCGUAUGAGCACCAUGAUGCCUCAGAAUUACAAGGACAUGACCGUUCGAGUGUACAUCAAGACCAGAGAUCAGCGUCUCGAGGAUGAGGUGAAGGAGGCGUUUGUCAAUUACCAGAUGAAGACAUUUGGUCGCGAAGUCAUGCGCACUCCAAGCCGUAAGAGAAUGCGCAGACACCACGAAAAUGGUGGAGGGGUAACCAAUGGGGGUGGAACUGUAACAGAGGAGUUCACGGGGGAUGAUGAUGAUGUGGUCUGUUCACAAACUGCAAGGAAGCUGAUGUGA